AUGUCAGCAGAUAACAUUGAGGUUAUAGUGAAGGGCACUCCGUCCUACACUAAGUCCAAGAAUUCUGAUAUAAAGUAUCAAUUGGGUAAAGAGUCGAAUGUUUCUCAUUUGAGGACUUUCCUUUCAUUUGAAGAAUCUACUAAAUUCUACACCUCGUAUGACUUGAUUGAAAACAGUCGUGUUGUAGAUGAUGAAGACGUUUUAGGAGAUUUGGCUGGUAACGGUUCAUCUUUGACUUUCCAAUUUAAACCAAAGGCGUAUAACUUGGUCACCGCAGUGCAACACAUUGUUGGCUUGAGAGAAACAUUGGGGUUCUCUUCAGAGUUAGAAGAUGGUAUUUCCGAGUUUGCAAUCUCUUCUGGUUCUCAGUUCCAGGACAUGAGCCUUGAACCUAAUUCCGAAAAGUCAAAUGGUUCUGAAACCACUAUAUCCGAUCAAGAAAAAGUCAAGUUUUUGCAAACAUGCAACGAAUUAUUGGAAUCUACCAACACAGAUUUCAACAUCGCAUCUUUGAAAACUGGGAAUUUAUUGGUCACUCCAGUACUAAAGUCCCUACAUUUUUCUGCCUAUAACCCUGUUCCAGCUUUCUAUAAGAAUAAGGGCCAUUUAUUGUACCUACAAGCUAGCACUCUAGAAAAUGAAACGUUCCACAUUACUACAAGCAUUUCCGGUUUUUACGUUAACAAAUCUAGCUCUGUCAAGUUUGACCCAUCUCCAAAAGAUGAAUUCGAACCAAAGUUUAAUCUCAUUGACCUUUUGACUCAAGUUUCAAAAAAGUUCCACCAACACGUCACAUCUUUGAGAAACAAGUUGUCUUCCACGGAUAGCGCACAAUACGUGAAGCCUGCUUCCUGCUUUUUGAGCAAACCGUGGCUAGUUUCCCAGUUGCCUUCUAAUAAUGGCGAUUUCAUGCGCACUCAAUUGGAGCACUUCAACAACGAUGACGAAAGGAACUUCUGUGAUGAAUUCCAAGCCAUUAAAGAUUUAGAGAUCAACUCAUCCUAUGACCGUUUGAAGAAUGAAAAGAUUACCGCAGGGCUGAUCCAUGAAUUUAACUCUGAAGCAGUGAAAGGCGCUAUGGCAAUUUUCAACAAUGAACUAACUCCAAUCGACCCGGGUACUACCGGAGAAAAUGCAGUAUAUUUCCACAAAUCAUUAAUUUUCUCGUUCGUUGCCGAUGUGAGUGGGACUUAUUCUUCAAUUGGUGGUAAUGAAGCUGCGUAUGCCGUUGCUAACCAAGACUUACAAAUAAUCAACAGUCUAAAUCGUCUAGGUUUGAAGGGCAUUCGUCAUUGUUUGACAGCCAUAAUUGAUUACGCGGGUCACCGUUUGUUAGUCCAAUCUCCAGUACCUGGAUUAUUGACUCCAGUCGGUGUCAACAUUAUCGUGGAUGAAGAGGAUAAAGAAGUUGCUGAACCCAUGGAAACUCUAAUUUCUGUCAAUUACGGUUAUGAUGAUUUCGUCGCAACACUCAAGUUUGAUGAAAAGUUCCAUGAAAAAGUCUGUGAAUUCUCAAAGAAUUUCUAUCUAAAAGAACACAAGGUUGAAGAAGUAGAUUUGAGAAUUUCCAGCAAAUCCAAGGGUAUUUUCGGCGUCGAUCAAAGAGCGUACAUUUUGGAUCUUGCCAACACCAACCCAGUGGAUAUUGAAUUCGUCAAAGCUCACUAUGAUGAUGUUAAAGAGAAUAAGUAUCCUCACAGACAGGUGUUGCUUCGUCGUGAACUUGUUGAAAGAUGGAGAGCUGAGAAGAUCGCUGCAUCCGGAAAGACUCUACAAGAAGCAUCAGAAGAUGUUUCUUUCAUCUACAAUCCGGAUGCCUAUGUCAUUGAUGGCGUCGAAGAUGAAAACGUUGCUGAUAUGUCCAAAUUCUUGAAUGACACUGUUCUCACAUUGUUUUUAGAAGAUAUUUUAAAAGGAAAUUCAAACAUUCCAUACGAUGGUCAACAUCUUACUGAUUUGUUCCACACCAAUGGUGUUAACAUGCGUUACUUGGGUAAAGCUAUCGAAUUUGUUAAAGCGAAAUAUGAAGAUCAAAAACAGGAGAGAGCAAAGUAUCUUUCCAAAAUUGAACAAGAAAACAAGGAAUAUCAAGAUUGGGAAACUGGUUACCUUGUUAAAGUUGAAAAAUUGAUCAAGGAAAGACAAGAGGAGAUCAACAAAUACGUUCAGCAAGGGAAGGAAGUUCCAUCCAAAUUGAAAGAACAAAUCCAGCUUGACAAAGCAGAUUUGAAAGAACCUGUCAGGAACGAAGGCUGUACCGUCGAGGUAGAUCAAUUUGAAGGGUUGAUCGCGGUCUGUGAACUUGAGAUGAUCGCUCGUUCUAUUAAACAUAUUUUUAGACAACAAAGCAAAAAACUCUCAUCUCCAACUCUUGUGCCACAUUUAGUUGCAUUUUUCUUGAACUUGUUGUUUGGUAAAUCUUACAACGAAAGUGUCACUGUAGAAAAUUUGGAUGCUUUGUUCGAUAUCAAUGAGCUAGAAUUUGCUCAAUACACCAGAGAACAACUAAUUGAAGAAGUGAGAGUUCAAGCAAAACUUCGUUUCCGUUACGAUCUAACUUCUGAAUGGUUCGAUAUCAAUGAAAAGAGGUUUUCCAAGUAUGCUUUAAUCAGGGCCAUCGCCCAAAAGUUCGGUAUUCAAUUGAUCAACAAGGAAUACUUCUUCACCAAAGAACAAUAUGAAAAGUGGAAACAAGCUCAAGACAAAAAAUUGAGAAGCAAAAUCGUUGAUCCAAAACAAACAUUUUCUAUUAAUGAUUUCUCUUUAAGACCAGUUAUCAAGGGAGCAGAAUUUCAAAGCUUGAUUGCUGAAGAGUUGUGGAUUCAAGGGGCUUCUCUAGUUAAUGCUGUAAGUGUUGAAGAGGAGGAGGCUGAGAAGAAAAAAGAAGAAUCAAAGAAAGCUGCAGCUGACGGUGAGGACGCCGGAUCUUCUGGAGCAACUUCGAAAGAAGAAGAGCAAGCCAAAGAACGUGCGAAGAAAAUGAAUGAAGCUCUCACUUUGCUUGGUCAAAGUAUUGCAUUCCGUGAAGAUAUUUUCGGUUUAGUUCAUCCAUCACUCGUUUCUUCGUAUUUGUUACUUUCUAAUAUGUAUUCUAGAUUGGGCCAGUAUUCACAAGCUGUUACUUUCUGUAACAAGGCUGCUUUGCUUUCCGAAAGGUGUUACGGUGUUGAUUCAUUUGAAACCGUUAGAAUUUUGUCAAACUUGGCAUACCUUGAAUACGGCCAAGGCUCUAUCUACAACUCUGCGCUUGUAUUGAAGAAAGUCCAUGAAUUAUUGAAGCUUUUAGCUCCUUUUGUCCACUCUGGUAGGGUUAAUGUAUUCAAUUUAUUAUUCCAAAUUGCUGCUAGUACUGAGGAUAAGAAAGUUCAGAUCAAGAUUUUGAACAAGCUGUCUGAGUUGCUUCUAAAGAUCACUGGUAGCGAAGAAACAUUACCAUAUGGUCAAAAUGAAUCACGUAUUGCCAACUUGUAUACCUCUUUGGAUGACAUGUCUCAUGCAUUAUCUCAUAUUGAGAAAGCCAAAUCCAUUUUCUCGAAAGAAUUAGGGUUAAAUGAUCAAACUACCUUGACUUCGAAACAAUGGUCCGAAACUAUUAAAGGUAUUAUUACUAAGCAACAACAAGAAAAGAAACUCGCUUCCGCUCAGCAAGCAACUAAACCAGCUAAUAUUUCUCAAAAGAAAGGUAAAAAAUCGUCCAGCAGCAGCCCUGCUCUAACCAACAAAUCAGUUGAUGAACUUUUACAAUUCAUUGAAGGCCCAGGUGCGUCCAAGUCUUCUAAAAAAUCAAAGAAGAAGCACACUAAAAAUUAG